GAUCAUCAAACCAGAGUUUUAUUUUAAACGAUAAUUUGAGUAAUAUUGUUAUUGUUUAAACCGUCGUCGAUUAUUGAUUAAGGAUUAAUUGUUGAUAAUAGCGACUAGUCACUUUUGCCGUCAUCCUUUCAUUAUAAUAAAGCGGAUAAUACUUCUUUCGGUAUUAUUGAGGUAAGCACAUUAUGCAAGUCAAUCAAUCAAAAGAUUAGGCAUUUUCAUUUGAAAUUAAAACGUAAUCUCGAGAUGUUUUGUAAAUAUUGUCACAAGAAUCUGCAUUUUUUAUCGAUAAAUAUUCACUGUUAUCGAUACAUUGUCUGUAAAUGAAUAUCGAUAGCUAUCGAUAUUGUUGUUAUUUUUAUUUUCAAACUUCAGACAUCCAACAGAAAGUUUGUUUAUACAAAUUAUCCAAUGUUACCUAAAAUUCCGUUCGAAGAAUUGAUUCAUGCCUUGGAAGGGGCUGAUUCUAUAUUCAAAGCUUAUCCCGACUUGAUUAAGUGUUACUUCCAUCCCGCUCAAGUGGAUCAAAUUCAUAAUUUACUCAAGUUAUGUGAGUUAAAUUCAAAAAUUAACCAACUCAUUAGUGUGGACAAUUUUGAAAAAUGUGUUUACAAAAGAUGUCUUUUUGUGAGUUUUAAAGAAGCUAUAAGGCUCUACAAAAUGGAUAUUAGAAACUUGGAAAUGGAACUCCAUGAUCAAUCUUCAUCUCUUAGUGCCUUUCUCUCGCUUAAAAGGUUUUAUCCAGUUAUUGAAGAUAUGCUUCAAUUAGUGGAAAACACGAAAAAAGCCAAUCCAAUGGAGACAUUGGAUCAAAUUUACAAAAAAUGCAGCUCUUCGCAUCCUUUUACGCGACAAGUUUUUGAGAAAAUAUUCAAAGUGGCUUCUAAACCACUGUUUGAUGAUAUUUGGUGCUGGAUUUUUUAUGGUCACUUAGUUAAUCAAGGAAAAAACAAAUUUUUCAUAGAACAAGAUGAUAACGGAGAGAUCGUUCUUUCUGGAUCAUUAAUACCAUCGUUUUUAAGUCAAAAUGUUUGCAGUAAAAUUUAUUUCUGUGGUAAAGUUGUCCAAAGUUUCAAUGCAAGAGGUGAUACACUUCCUCAAAUUUUUGAUGAUAAAAGAGCCCAUUUACUCAAGCAAUACCAGGCGAUCGUAGAGAAGCCUAUUUUGGAGAAACUAGAUUUUGAAAGUUUAGUCGAAGAGAUUCGUACCAUUUGUGCUAAGGUUUCAAUGGAUCGUGUUGUUUCAGAAGAAAAUCUCUGGAUGUAUCUUAAAUUGAUCAAAGAUUUCGUAUUAGCUGGCAACGAAGAUUUACUCAGUUGUUUCAUAAAUAAUUUCUGUGUGAUUAUUCAAAAGAAGCCAGCAAAUCGAAAAAAACUUGAAAAAGGACUUAUGCUUUCACUCAGCAACACUUUGAUGGAUUUCUUCAACUCAGAAAAAUUGGAUCGAGUCUCCAGUUGUAUUAAUAUUAAAUUAGCAGAAACAACUGAUUUAGAUAAAUGGCCUUCCAUCAAUAUCGAAUUUUCAUUCCCGGAAACUGUCAAAGCUAUAAUCAAAAAUGAUCACCUCUCUGGGUAUAACAAGAUUUUCAAUUUUUGUGUCAACUUGUAUCGGGCUAAGUCAUCUCUUACUGAAGGCUGGCGCAGUUUGAUCAAAAACAAAAACAAGAAACCCAUCUAUUGGUUUCUUCAUCAUCGUCUUAUUCUGAUUAUUGGACAUUUAUAUUACUUUUACAAGGUCAAUGUUAUUGAACGACUCUACUUCGAAUUCAUUUCAGUGGCUGAAUCUUGUCAAGAUAUUGAAGUUCUCAUUGAAGCUCAUCAUCGUUUUGUCGUUAAAUUGGUCACGCAGUCUUUAUUAGACAUAAGUGCUGUUUCUAGAACGUUGAAUAGUCUUUUCUCGUUUAUUGGUAAAGCUUGUAAUUUCAUGAACGAUGAACUAACCCAGGAUGAUUUAGAUGAUCUAGAAAGGGAACUUGAUCAAUUAUGUUCACGACUGGACAGUUUAUUUACAAGCUUGAAAUCCUAUUCCAUUUGUCCAACGCUGUCUCAUCUAGUAAUACAGAUUCACAAAUGUCUUGGUCAUCAAUCGCGAUUUUCAUGAACCAACUAAUAUUCGUGAACAAAUUGUGACAGACACCUUUAUGAAUACAUCGAGCUUUGAUGCCAAAAAAGUUUGUAUUCUUGUUUUUAAUUUUUAUAAAUCACCUCCAGGUAAUUAAGUUAUAAUUAACUAAAUGAUGUUAAAAAAUAAAUCGCUUUUUAAUCACACAA